UCGUCGGUUCGACCAGAGUCCGUUCGAACACGUUCUGCUCGCUCUGGGAGUAUUCGAUUCGAUCCGUUCGUUCGUCAAGACGGUUGACGUUCUCGUGCGCGUAGUUAUCGGUGUUGAAAAAAUGGUGUGUUCAUGGUUAUAGAAACAGCAAGUGAAAGUGUAUCUGUACGAUAUGGUUUGGAAAGUGUGCACAAGUAUGGUUCGAAGUGCCAUAAACAAACGAUAAGUGUAUCUGAUGGUGAGAGUAUGUGUACAUUAAGGUUUUAAGAAAAAUGCUAGCCCCAUCGCUACAGCUCGUGUCGUGUUGUGGAUAAUGUAUUAGCAGUGUAGUGUUCUAUUUACCGGAAAGUUACAUGGGAGCAAGACUGAGAAAUUGAUCUCUCAUUAAUGAGGCGGUUGAAACAAUGAGAGAAGGAGUGGGAAGAGAUGCUAAAUAUCACUCACCGAUGGUGAAGAACUGAAAUUGAAACGAGCGGAGUUUCAUGUUACUGUCGUGUUGGGCAUCAGGUGCAGGUUAGUACGGAACGCGCCACAAAUGUUGCACUACCUGGUUCCUGAUACUUAGGCAUAGAGGGAAGAAGAAAGGUUGCAUUAGCACAAGCGAAACAGAUAACUAGAGAGAGAGAAAUAGAAAGGAAAGCAAUCGAGCAAAGGAAUCAUCCAAUGAAAUGGUGUGGUAAGGGAAAUUGGCGUGCUCUCCAGGACCAUAUUCCAUCGAAGGAGAUGUACCUAUGGGGUGGUCAAAUCAAAUUACGACUCUGAAAUCAGUGUCCCGCCAGUACGAGUAGACUCCAGAGUCGUAACCAUAGUCGUAUCUUUCGACUAGAGCUCCUCCAACGCCCAUUGAGUGACUACCCCAGAGAUAGAGAAAAAGAGAAACGGCGCUUCCCAUCCAUGGUGUAUGUCAUGAUGCCUGCGACAGAAAACGAAACGUCCCUUGGCUGGAAUGGCGGCUGGGAGUCGCCGGACUACUUUCGACUUUUCGGCGAGAGCGUCUACAAUGAUACCGUGCUGGAUGUGCGGGUACCACCGGACACACCGGCACCUACCGUCAGCGUCUCGACGGUGGCUACCAUGCUAUCCAACGUGUCCUCCAAUGUUGCCAGCAACGACACUGACCAGUACUAUGCGGAUGAUCCGGCCCCCUACAACGAUUCGCUGGAAUCGCCUAUAAGCGAUAGCACCGACUCGCGGGGUUCCAUCUUCGAACUGCUAGCCGAGGAUAUCGGGUCGAUCUUCUACAACGCUAACGGGACGUUCGGGAAUGACACGACCGGUCUGGCCGUAAACUGUUCCCUUUCCAACACGACCUGCAUCGGACCAACGGAAGCAAAAGAGUAUCACUACUGGUGCCUGAUACUAGUGUUGUUCCCAAUCCUGACGCUGUUUGGCAAUGUGCUGGUGAUAUUGGCUGUUUGUCGUGAACGAACCUUACAGACAGUGACCAAUUAUUUUAUAGUGUCAUUGGCGAUAGCCGAUUUGCUGGUGGCCGUAGUCGUUAUGCCGUUUGCCGUGUACGUUCUGGUGAACGGUGCAUGGACGCUGCCAAAUUUUGCUUGUGAUUUCUACAUAGCUAUGGAUGUGAUAUGCUCAACGUCGUCGAUAUUUAAUUUAGUUGCAAUAUCAAUAGACAGAUACAUCGCCGUAACACAACCAAUCAAGUACGCAAAACAUAAAAACAGUCGCCGGGUGUGUUUGACGAUCCUUCUCGUGUGGGCAAUAUCGGCAGCGAUCGGAUCGCCGAUAGUGCUGGGACUGAACAAUACGCAAGACCGAUCACCCGACCUCUGCGUAUUCUACAAUACCGAUUUUAUAGUGUACUCUUCCCUUACUAGCUUUUAUAUCCCGUGUAUCAUAAUGGUCUUUUUAUAUUGGAAUAUUUUUAAGGCAUUGCGGACGCGAGCGAAAAAGCAGCGAGCCGCCCGGAAGCCGCACCUCUCGGAGAUCACCGCCGGUGGCAGCAUCAUCGAGAACAUUGCUCAAACAAAACGCCUAGCGGAAACGCAACUAGACGGCAGUACGCGAAGCGGUUCCAAGAUCCUUCCGGACGAGGAACGGCCCACCAACACGGCUUCCGGCUCCAAUGAGGAAGACGACGAAAAUGCCGGGUCUCCUGACAUUGACGACUGUCAUGUGAUUGUGAACGAUAAAUCAACUGAAUUUAUGUUGGCUACGGUCGUGGAGGAGGCGGGAAACAAAAGCUUCUCGACGUCUACUUUUAGUGUGGUGGCACAAAUUGCGACAACGCAACAGGUACCGUCCGAUCCCAACGGAAACCACGACUCUGGCUAUGCUCCAUCCAGCAUUGCCGAUGCCCUGGCGGUAAAUGCAACCCCACCGGAAAGCCUGAACGUGACCGCUACGGUGAUUGUAAAUAAAAGUGCGACGAUUCGAAGUCGAAACGGUUCGCCACGGAAGGAAGCAAGUGUGACCUUAAAACCUCUAUCGUUAGUUAGAUGCGGUGUCCAACAGGCACUGACACUGAAUCGGAACGAUUCCACCUUAUCAACGAACUCGCGGGACAGUUCCAGGAAAGAUAAAAAGAAUACUCAAGCAUCCAGGUUUACUAUCUACAAAGUAAAUAAAGCGUCGAAAAAGAAGCGAGAGAAAUCGUCAGCCAAGAAAGAACGCAAAGCGACCAAAACGUUAGCAAUAGUCUUAGGAGUGUUCUUGUUCUGCUGGGUACCGUUCUUUACCUGCAACAUUAUGGACGCGAUGUGCGCGAAGCUUGACAAGGACUGCCGGCCAGGCGUCACGAUAUUCAACCUUACCACGUGGCUCGGCUACAUGAACAGCUUCGUCAAUCCUGUCAUCUACACAAUCUUCAAUCCCGAGUUCCGGAAAGCAUUUAAAAAGAUCAUGCACAUCGAGUGAGUGGGACGGAUCGGACCGGGCGCCCGUGGUGGUGACCGGGACGAUGAUGAAGCGGAACGAGGCAACGGGGUCAGCAUGGCAGUGCCGGAACCGGUACGCCGUAACACUUCCCAACGACGUAACGUUACCUGGAGCUAGCCAGAAGCCACCGUCGAGCGCAGGGAGCAGGGUCGCUCACACGAACCUGAGCCGAGCUGUGUCGACGGUGGACAGAGGAACGGGAUCGAGAGCAAACUCUCCCCGCAACCCUCAACGAGCCAAUGUCAGUCGACGUCUACGAAAGCGUCAAACAGGAAGAAAGUGAAAGGUAGGGGGCCAUUUUAUUUAUUUGCUGCCAGCCACUGGCGGGCGGUAGAGAACUCUCCGGAACUGGAUCGGAGUCCGGUUGUGGUGUAGUCCGGUCGAGAUUGUAUUUAUUGUGCACUGUAUCUGCCAAGAGGAGAGGAAACGACGGGAUGUCAGUGGUUUAUACAAAUCUUACAAAGCAUUCCGAUGAUACAAUACAACAGACCACCAUAGUUCUAUCCUGACCAGCUGCUCCAUUUCCCCCGGACUGCGAGUGGCAAACAUAUCGACAACUGUAUUCGCCGACCACUCACUAGACUGGCACAAUAAAUCCUUCAAUUCCAUCAUGUGAUCAACCGGAAGGAUGACACCCUAAGCUACUCUCCUUCCGCCAACACAGAAACCAUCUGGGCAUUCUAGCAAACACUGGUGGCUCAAGGCAUGGUGGAGGGGAGAAGAUUUUUGUUAGUUUCGUUUCAUCAGCACGAUUCAGAUUCGAUUUCAACCUUCUUCGCUACUUGGUAUCCUUGGUAUCCCUCGAAAAACAAACCAUCCACACCCUUGCAGCCGCACGGAUAUACAUAUAUAAUGAAACUUUCUCAUGGAUAGCAAUCGAGAUGCAUCGUUUUUUCAGUCUAUCGAUGCACCAGAACUACAGUCGAAUGCAGGAUCAGUGCAAGCGAGACCUUUGCUCGUCUGUGUGCCAAAUGCCAAUGGACCUUGCCCGGUCCAGGUGCCAGAGGUAGGUGAAGUAAUUUAACACAAUAGUCUGCAUAGAGCGGAAAUGCAGGAACACCGUAGCAAUUUCUCAUUCUCGUCCAAGUGUGAAAAUGCAACAACAAGAGUCAUAUGUAUGAGGGGAGUGUGUGUUUGUGUGUAGUUCGAUGUGGGAGAUUCAUGGGCAUGUCAAACUCACAUCCGACGAAAACAGAUAAUAGAAAUAACUAUUAAUUGAUAUAAAAAAGCACGACAUUCGCUCGUGAGCAAUCAUCGCGCUGCGGGCGCGAAUAUGCAAAAACAAAAAUAAAUAAAGCAAGGAAGAGUGGAAAUAAAUCAACAAAAGCUCCCACGCAACGUAAACCACCGUGUACCGGUGGUAAGCGCUGAUGUAAGUUAACGCCUCGUACGCAUGUUUCUAUGUAGCCGUAACGUAGUGGUUAGUGUCGACUUUUUUAGCGACCGGUUUUACUCCACCUUUGCUGCUUCUCCAACGAACGAACGAGCGCCUGUACAUAUCGGUCCGUUAGGAAAUAAAAACAAAACGUUAUAACCCACUGCUCAAAGCAUGUAAAUUAAGCAUAGCAAAAGCAAACAAACAAAUGAACAAACAAAUGAAACGACAACGACGUAGCGCUCGGUUUUGUUUCUUUUUUUUAUAUUUUACGUUCCUCUCUUUAACUCAAAAUACCGUUCGAACGGAAAAUGCAGCUGAGACCAAUUGAAAGUGCACAGAAAAACAAAAACAACCAGAGGGACAGCUCAUGUAGUUUAUACUGUGGUUUGCGAAUCGUCCUUCUUCCGCCGGAUAGCGGCUGCCAUUGAAAGCACCAUGUUUUCAAAGUAAAACAAAACCAAACGCAACCGUAAACCAAAGCAAAGUGAAAGACAAAAAAUUGAGAUUAGUGUUUAGGCGUGGCAAACGGAGCGAUUAUCUGCCUUUAUCGUUCGCUGUGUGGCGCAUACGAAGCUUCCAGAAACGAACGGGGAGACCAGAUACCGCUUGUCACAUACUGUGUAAAUGCUAAGUAAAUUAGUUAAGACAAACAAAAGUAAAACGCUCCUUUCUGCGCACCGUGGACCGAGCCGGGUGUGACUGUUUGGAGGCAAAUUAGUGCAAUAAGUAGUGUAAUGUAGCAGUUUCAAGUUAUCGAUGCAAUCGAUCGUUCAGAGAGCGAGAGGGAGAGAGAGAAAUCGUUGUAGCAAAGGAGAUAAUAUCGGAGAAUGAGUGCAUAAUGCAGUGCACUGAUAACUAAACCAUACUCGCUCAUCACAUAAAAGAUAUACUAUUCUACACAAACUCAUGCGGGAGAUACACUCCCACACACGAGCGCUUGGUUGAACAUUUCAAGCGUAGUACAAAUUAUUCAAUAACAAAUACUCGAAUAAUGCAACUUAAGUUUUAAAUCAAUUCUAAGCAUAGUUCAUGCGCUUGUGUCUGGGUAUGUAUUCGUGCGUGUUUGUGCGUAGGUAGAUUAACGAUCCACCACGAUCCACAACUAUGGUGUCAUCGUUCUUCAAAUAACCGUACUCACAAACGAUCUACGUUGGAGUUUGUGAGAUAGUGGAAUGUAAAUAUCGUUGUUACUCUUUCGGUUGAUAAUGCUCGAUUACCGUGGAGAGUGGAUGCGAGUCAGCAUCUGAAGCGUGUUCACUAUUGCUUAUGUUUCAACUCGCUUUGAUAGUUUAACAAACUGUUACAAUUUAGAAUAUGUUUAAAGACUGUCCUAUUGGAAUUUAUAGCAACUACGGAAUGGUGGGAAAAAGUACUCAAUAACAAAACUCCGUUAAACGAGCCGUCUAAGAAAUGAAUGAUUUGCGCUCUUUUUCUGAUAAGAAAUGCAACAUGCGAUGAAGGCGAUCGAUAAAACAAGCGUUAGUUUUAAUUUGUGUCAUGCGAUUCUAUCUUACUCCAGAUUUUUGCAAAAAAAUUCAACCUCUUUCGAAGGUUGAUAUGGUAAUAUAUUUUAAACAUGCUUCUUAGAUUUUUAUGAUCUGCCCACUCAUAUCUUUAUUUCAAAUUUAAGCAUUAGAACUUUAAACAUCGCAAUGCUCUUGAAUAGAACAAAUGCUAAUUCUUGACAUAUUCCUUCUCCUUCGAGUCGGAUCACGUCAUCUUCACACACAAAUCUGCGCCCUAUUUACGGUCAAUCAGUUAUCUGAACUGAAGGGUAUGAACCCUUUACCUUAUCGUGGCAAACCUAUCAGAUCGGAACAAGUUUUUUUUUAUAAAAAAAAAUGUAAGCCCAUCCCAAAUCUGGUUGAUAACUUUUUGCUUUCCCAAAAAAUGCUGUGGAACAGACAUGCAGAAAUUUGCCUUUCUGGCUGACCCGUGAGAUGAUUUCGCGAUCAGCGAGAUCGGUCGGUUGCGGUUGUAUUAUAUGGUCAAAUUAAUUUGUCAUCCUGUGGGCACCGUUUUACCGGUGUCACAUCGAAUGAACAACAACAAAGUGUAACAAAAAAGUGUACAAGUACAAGAUACUCUUCCUCUCGUUAAUCUGACCCUUUUGGCAGUAUGGUGGAUGAGAAAAAAGUUUCUUGUUUUGAGUGUUCCUUCGGGUCCAGCAGUAUUUCGGCCAUGAGCGAAGAGAGAAAAUCCUAAUAGAAUGAAGGUUAAAAAAAGCUUAACACCCAUACCAGCCCCCGCCAUUAAUAUGGCGACUGGGCUACGACACGCUGUUUUCUUCCAUGGCAUGAGUUUUGACUUUUUCCGGAGGCUUCUGGCACCGAUUAUUUUUCAACGAAACGAAAAAAAAACGCUCUCAGAUAUUUCAUUAUGAUUACCCCAAGCGUCCCUUGGACGCAAUGGACGCUGGAUCGCCUUGCCAUUCAGGUAAGGACAGUCUUUUCGGCGCACAGAAAGGAUACAAGUCAGGGGCCGGGCAAACAGAACAAAUCCCGUGGCUUCUUUCGACGGCGUGAAGUUGGAACCAUUCCCAACGAAAGGAAUGGGCAGCAACGACAACAUCCUAGGGGCGAACAAAAACACACACAAACUUUCGGGCAGGGAUUUUAAUUUCAGAACGCAUUAAUCACCUGUCAACGUCCAAUGUCCGGUGUCCGAUUCCCUGCUAGAAGUCAGUUACUUUUGAAUGGGCAACUGGCUGUUUUUUUUUUUCGUCUCAUCGCGGUUCAUCUCACUUACUCGAACGUUGUCACCGUUUUUCGGUGGUAUGCUUUGAACGGUUGUCGUCCGUUGCGGUAGAUAACAAACUUACAAAAAAAGAACGACAUCUUACGAAAAGAACGUGCCCGAGGAGUUUAGAAUUGUAAAUAUAUAAAAAAGAAUCAGCCAGCCUUUGUCACUGUUACUGCGUGUAAAAGUUCUUGCUGUUUGAUAAUGGAGCACACACACACACAAUGAAUCGAAAUCUGGACUUUUUUGUAGAUUCUACGCCAGUAAAGUUUUUACUGUCAAUAGUCCGGGGCGGACAACGUUUCAAAUUUAUUCUCUAUCCAAUGGGUUGGGGUUUGCUCGGUGCCGGUGAGGAUGGUACAUUUUUUCUUACACCUUUUCCUUAAGACGGCUACCAACCGUAGCUGUUACUAUCAGUCACGUAAAACACAUUACUUCAAUGCGCUGUUUUCCGUUCGCCGGCAAUGGAAGCAAACUUUUUUCAAUAGUAUUUUUUCGCUCCACAAUAAAGCGGUCAGCGGUGUAUCUCUGCUGGAGUAAUCGUUGCACAAAAAGAUAUAUAUUACGGUUUGCAGAUACUUUUCUUCACGCUCAUUACAAUCUGUCGAAUGAAAGGUACACUGCGCUAAAUUAUAUAUAUCUCAAGUUUAAGUCGAGCAAACUAGGCAAAAAUGACUGUUGUUCGUGGUAAAUAUUUUUUUAUGGAUCUAUGAUCAAAAAAGUUCCUGUAUUGUACCCUCGACCUUGCGCCGGAUUUAAGGUAAGGUGAGUGAGAAGAAAGGAUUAAUUGAAAACCUACCGUUGUGAUUGCGAAACGACCACAUCGCAUGACUUGCAACGAUAAAUCAAGAGCGUUUUCCUAAAAAACGAGUUAGGUUGGUAAAGAAAGUUUCCAAAUUGACACACCGGCCGUAACAAUUUUGGAAGCAAACCACGAACCCGCUCUGAGGAUAAAUUUCUGCAGUAAAACCCCUUUCGAGUCAUCAAAAAGUAUACCAAUAAACACCGGUUUCACGACGGGUGUGGCCACUAUCAUGGCAUCGGCAUCAACAAACCCAUAAAUAUCUCUACAAACAAACCAUUCGUCAAAAGUGUUUAAAUCGACGGUAAAACACGGCUAGAGUGGCCAACGCACCCGCUACCCGAGCACGGUUUAGUGUUUGCAAACUUUUUCAAACAUACAUUCCCUCACGUUUGAAAGUGAGGCCAGGGGUCCAGUUUUUGCCUUCAUAAAAUCACAGUUAAUCAAGAGUGUGUUCUUUUUUCGUUCUGGCCUGUCUGUGUGUGUGUGUAUAUCGUUUCGAGCCGCUUACGCGACGGGUUUGAUUAAUGAGAGGUGUAAAAAAUUAAUCUAAAACCCACCACACAAACACUCACGCAAAGCCGCCCCGGGUUGAAGCGCAUCGAGAUGAUCGUUAAACUGUGAAGCGUGUCUGGUUGUCGGAGUUUAAUACACCCGCUGACAGCUUCUCUAUUCACGCGCAAAAGCUCACUGAAACUGACACGCUGGUGCCGGUCUCUUAUCCGGGGCUUAGAUUUGACACUCAAACAAUUCCCCACCGCCGCCACAUGUAAGGUGCACUUUCUCACGUGCAUUUGCAACAACCCUUCCGCCUCACCAUGGACACCGCCUCGUAGCGUGAGCGGUUCGAUUCCGUUAAUAGCGUUUGUUUAUCCAGCCGUGCGAUUUUAUGCUACCCCUUGCUCUCUGCGUCGACACACACACACACAUGAGUGCACACCGCUUUCACGAGCGCCGCACCGUACCCGGGCAACGAACGAUGAUAAAGGGGUUUCAGAGAUUUAGAAGGCAUGAAUACACACGACCGUCUAUCUCACCCGACGGUGCUGGUUAUCAGCGCGCCAGGAUACAUUGCUACUCCCCCCUCCCAAGCCCCGCCCGUUCACAGGACGAGCUGAAACGAAGCGUACGGUUUGCGAUGAAUUUAAUUGCUUUCGUAAUUACAUAAAUGCACAAGCAUCAUUUGCAUGCAGCUAAAGCCCUUGGGAGAAAGUGCGGCAAAGGGGUUUGGAAAGGGUUCAAAACACGAGACGUCGAAAGCUGGCUGGGCCAAUUUAGCAGGAUGUGGAAGCGAGUAUCCACAAUAAUCCGUGCACGACGAUAGAGCAGCAGAUCCACCUUCCAUAAGCGUUCCUCUUGGAUGAGCGUUUACAAUCUUUGUCUAUGUUGUUUUGCUACGGUGCACUGUUAUCCCUUCUUGAGCGUACCGGGACCGGUGAGUGCUGCCCAGGGCACCGGUGAAACCAGCGGAAAGACUCAAACAAACUUGAACGUUCCCUGUGGCAUAUGUUCGGGCCAGGUGCACAGGUUGCAACGGUGUGGCGGUCCUUUUCCCUGCCCCUGGCCGUUUAGAACGUUAGCUCCGCGAAUUGACAAGACAAAUGAAGUAAGCUGUUUACUGCUGGGUGUUGUCAGUGAUCGUGUAGCUAAACGGUUUCAUGAGCGAACGUCUCCCGCACGACGUGCUAGUUCGAGCAGGUGAUAAACUAAAGCGAUUAUUAAUCGAAACCUAUCAACACGGGUCCUGUGUGGAAGGGUACACGUUCUUGAUUUGUUUGGAUUCAAUUAAACAAUCAACACUAUUUCAUCGUUACUUGAGAUCAGUUAGUAAAGUAGAAGCUGUGAUGAUUCUCAACUAAUUCGUGUCGACUAAUAAUGUUGUACUUCUAUUAUAGAUUUAAAUGUCAUAUGUAUUGGAUAACUCGUGACCAAUUUUUUGUUAUUCAAAAAGAUCUACAUAAACUUGAGUACUACUUCCACUACAACUAGUCAACACGAAUGCUUACACGACUUAUCCAGACGCUCAUAUAUAUAAGGAAGCUUCGCUAUGCACGUCAUUAGACGAUAAAUUUGCAAUGACAGUCAUUGCUGAAAAUCCAUCAAUCUGCUUCCACAUCACCCAUCUAAACGGAAUUUUAAGUGAAGCUCAGAACAGUAGCACAGCACAUCAGACUGAAAGGAAAAGCUGCUAAUAGCAUUCUCGCGCUGAUGCCCCAGCCCGUCUGUUCUUCGAUUCUGUUUUUCUAAACGCACACUACGGCACGUACCACUGAGACAUUUGCCAGCGCGCUGAAUAAAGCACCCUUCAACCCGGCCAAUAAGUUUCGAACGGUCUAGCUUUAGGCCAUCCGUCCCUAUUAGAAAACCUCAUCUUUCUUCAUUAUAAAACAUUAGCUUCAUAAAAUAAAUCAAGCUGCAGUGGAGGUGCAGGUCGGGGGUCGAUUUACUUUUCCUUGCCAUUGUAGGAUUUUAUUUGUAAACUCGUUUGUGGCCGUUUGGAGAAAGCACAGAAAAGGCUCACCAUGAUUAUAGCAAACGGGCGCUUUUUUCCUUCUCAAUGGGGGUAAAGGGCACCCCGAAAUGGAAAGCUCAUUGACGCCCUUCGUAUACUUCCUCGUAAACAAAUACUCGCACUAUCGCGUUUCUCGGCCUUCGGAUUUGUUUGUUCUCGUUUGGAGGACCGGUUUUUUUUUGCGAAUCGUAUUUCACCUAUGUAAAAAGGGUGUAAGGUCACUGUGUGGGUCGUUUGCAGAUCGGCUGCCAGCAGAUAGAAAUUGUUAGCACUGAAAAAGAGAAUCGGUUAAUGCUAAGGUACACAGGCGAGCGAACGGGUAGACCACACGAAUUAUGAGGGUAGGUAGCAAAUAGAGCUUCAAGCGCAAAGUGGACUGAUGAUCAAAAGCAAAUCUCUAGGGGACAUGAUAAAACCGCAAAGAAGGAUGAAAACAACGCUCGCUCAAAAAUCAUUAAAUUGCUGGAAAGAAUGGAUACAUUCUACAUUCGAUUAAAUUUACUACGGCAACACAGAGAGAGAGAGAGAGCGAGAAAGAGAGAGAGAGCUAGAGAGAGAGAGAGAGAGAGA